CGCUGAUUGGCUGCUGAGAGGGGAGUGCAGCUGUGACGCCAGCAGUAGAGAGUAGAGAUGGCGGCGGUGACCAGAGGCUCCUUCACUGUGUUCCGGCGACUGCUGAGCCUCCAGGCUCGGGGCCGGGGGGUCCGGACCUUCAGGCCUCAGCGCUCCGUGCAGGCGCUCUCAUUCAGGUGUGAGAGCAGCCUGCAGCUGUUCAGGAUGCUGCACACUGCAACAGCGAGUCGAGGGCCGAUCGUUCAGUUCAAGCUGUCCGACAUCGGGGAGGGCAUCAUGGAGGUGACGGUGAAGGAGUGGUACGUGAAGGAGGGCGAUAAGGUGUCUCAGUUCGACAGUAUCUGCGAGGUGCAGAGCGACAAGGCGUCCGUCACCAUCACCAGCCGCUACGACGGAGUCAUCACGAGGCUUUACCACGAGGUGGACGCCACGGCGCUGGUGGGGAAACCUCUGGUGGACAUCGAGACCGAGUCCAGCAACGAGGUGAUCCCGGAGGAGGACGUGGUGGAGACGCCGGCCAUGGCUCGAGAGGAGCACACCCACCAGGAGAUCAAAGGUCACAAGACGCAGGCGACCCCCGCGGUGCGCCGCCUCGCCAUGGAGAACAACAUUAAGCUCAGUGAGGUCGUUGGGACGGGUCGUGACGGACGGAUCUUGAAGGAAGACAUCUUGAACUUCCUGGCGAAGCAGACGGGCGCCAUCAUCCCCACGACGAUGUUCCAGGAGAUCCAGCCUCCCCCCCCUCUGUGACCCGCCCCCCCCAGCCCCCCCGCAGCAAAACCCGCCCUCCCCAUCCCGGCAGCCAUCCCCAGACCCGUGUUCACCGGGAAGGACGUCACGGAGCCGGCUCAAAGUUAUAUUAAUGUAUUCCCAGGUUUCCACCGUGCGAUGGUGCGCACGAUGACGGCGGCGCUGCGGAUUCCUCACUUCGGGUACAGUGACGAGGUGGAGCUGAGCCGGCUGGCAGCGCUGAGGAAGGAGCUGAAGGCUCUGUGUGAGAGUCGGGGCGUCAGACUCAGCUUCAUGCCCUAUUGGGUGCAGGCUGCCUCCCUCGGCCUGCUUCACUUCCCCGUCCUCAACGCGUCGCUGGACGAGGGCUGCCAGAACAUCACCUACAAGGCGUCUCACAACAUCGGGCUGGCGAUGGACACGAGUCAGGGUCUGCUGGUUCCCAAUGUGAAGUACGUGCAGCUGCUCAGCGUCUUCGAGAUCGCUCAGGAGUUGAACCGGCUGCAGGCGCUCGGUACCGCCGGACAGCUGGGAACCAACGAGCUCACCGGAGGAACCUUCACUCUGUCCAACAUCGGAUCGAUCGGAGGAACGUACGAACCCGUCAUUCUUCCUCCUGAAGUCGCCAUCGGAAGCGCUGGGAAAAAAUCCAGGUGGGUGCUGCCCCGGUUCGAUGCCGGUGGCCAGGUGGUCCCAGCUCACAUCAUGAACGUCAGCUGGUCGGCGGAUCACCGCAUCAUCGACGGCGCCACCAUGAGCCGGUUCUCCAACCUGUGGAAGGAAGUAUUGGAGAACCCGGCCGCCAUGGUGCUGGACCUCAAAUAAAACAUAGAGGGCAUUAUUUCCCAUCAGCCCGGCGGCGUCUCCUCCUCUCCUCGCCGCCUCGCCUCACCUUCCUGUCCGAGGCCUUCCUGUGCACUUGUUUCCUUGUUGCCUUUGAGCAAGGCGCAGUGGGGGAGGGGCCUGUCGAUCAUGAUGACGACCAAUCACACACAGCCGGGGUUUAAAAUCUGACCGUUAGCCGAUUUUAGCAUCAAACUGACGAUUUCAACACUAACACACUCUAAGGGAAUUCACAAAGGAGGCUAUGCUAAUGCUAGGCUAACGCUAAGCUAACUGCUCUACUCCUGUGAAAUGUACACGAUUACAAUUUGGAAAUAUGCAGCUCUUUAUCUCUCAUGCAAAAACAGUUAAAUUCACAAAGUAACAGACGUGUAUAAACAUUAACAUACAUGUAAAAUAUGAAGGUUGGUCUGACCCUGACAGCAGUGAUUGUAGCAGGUGACGCUCAAACUCUAUUAUUAUGGGAUGCAGUGACGGUUGAGUCAUGAGAUGUACAUUUAUGAAAGCGCCCCUACAUAUUAGUUUCUAAUAUAUCAUUCAAAAAUACAUAAAAAGUGGAAAUAAAGAAAUAAUUUCUCUGUUUUUACAAAUCCUGGUCUUCCUUUUCCAAUCAGCAAUAAUUCAUGUUAAAGGUCUUUUUGCUGCUGAGUUAUCUGUGUGUUUGCACUCUAAUAUGAAUUUCUUUAUCUCGUGUGAAUCGUAGCACGGCCACGGCCUCUCCUUUGUGAACUCCCCUCUCCGUUUCUUUGAGGUUUCUGUACAUUUAUAACAAAUCAUGUUUUAUCAGUGCUGGGUUUUCUCUCUGCUUCAGAUACUGUAAAUAAUGCACCUGUUGUCCUCUGCUGUGCGUGAUGCAGACUGUUUACAGAGAUAUAUAUAAUAUACAUGAAUAUAUAUUAUAUAUCUGGUUAGACCGUAUCAGGCAGCGGCCCUGUCUCUCUUCCCUGGCUGUCCCGGUGGCUGCUGGUAAAAAGCACAUGUUACUCGUCUGUGUUCAAAAAAACCUUUCCUGUUUUCUGUGUUUUUAGCAAAAUGUAAAAGUGUAUAAAAAACAAACUAACUUAGGGUUAUUUUUUCUAUAUUUGUUUGGGUGCGUGUAGAUAUUAUACUAAAUGCAGUGUUGACCUGGUGAGGAACUUUGAAUAAAGCUGAAGUGCACAAACUGAA